AUGAGGAACUUUCCUUGGUCAAUGCGGGCGCGGCGCUACAUGCCCAACUUCAAUGCCAUGGCCCUCGUACUGCUCGCGGUGCAGAACGCGGGGUAUCUAAUCUUGAUGAAGUACGCGCAGCAGGCGGACAAGCACCACACACUCGCCGCCGGCGGCGCAGAGCCGGAGGGGGGGGAGGCGCAGGUGGUUAUCUUCAAGGCCUCACACUUUCUGGCCACGACGGAGGUUGUGAAGCUCAUUUUAUCUCUUCUGUGGUGCAUCGUGGAUGAAGUGCGGGCAAUGCAGCAGGAGAGUGCGAUCGCCGAAGCAGACACCACGCCAGCGGCACUGUUGCGGGUCAAGGAGGCGGGGUGGGGCAGCGCUGUAAAAAACGCUGCGUCUCCCAACGGCGUCGUGGAUGAGAAGUGUCGCCUCUCUCCCGCCCUCGGCGACGCCGCGGAGGACAUAGACGCCGAGUGUGUUGUUUCUGUAGCGCCGCUGCGGGUCCUCGUAACCCGCAAGCGGUUCGCUGCUGUAUUUGUGAGCCGCAUGCGCCAUGCCAUUGGGCUGGACCACAAGUACAAGGAGGCGCUGCUCAUGGUUGCGCCCGCCAUCAUCUACGCCAUUCAGGGCCUGCUGCUCAUCUACGCCAUCGAGCUGUUGGACCCGACUGUGUUUCAGGUGCUGUACCAGGUGCGCAUUAUGUUCCUGGCAGCCAUGAUGGGAGUCGUGCUGGACUUCCGUCUCUCUCCCAUUCGGUGGGUGGCACUGGUGGUGCUGAUGUUCGGUAUCACACUGGCACAGGUGAGUGCGCAGAGCACGCGAACGGAGACGACAAUCGGUAAAGCCGACGAAGCUGUACAAUCAGAGAUGGGAAAGGCUGCGGCGGCCGAGAAGGUCUCUAGCACAUGGUCAAUAGAGGGCACAUUAGCUGUGCUGGCUGGCGCCUUCUUGAGCGCGCUCUCCGGUGUGUUCAUGGAGUUCGUGGUGAAGAAGCGCUGCAACCAGUUCCACUUGUCGGCACGCAACAUCCAUCUCGCGUUCUUCUCCGUCGUGUACUUCCUCGUUGUGUUCCUGUGCGAGAUCUGGCGACCGGAGGUAGCGGUGGGCGGGCUUGCUGAGUUCAUAAGCACCUUCUUCGACGGCUUCACCAGCUUGGUGUGGACCCUGGUGGCUUUGCAGGCUGUUGGCGGGAUUCUCGUGGCACUGGUCAUGCGCUACUGCGACAACAUCGUGAAGUCGUUCUCGACUGCGUUCGCGAUUGUGCUGAACGGCAUGGCGUCGGUGUUUCUGUUUCACACGGCGCUGAACACGACGUUCCUGGUGGGUGCGUUUCUUGUACUGUGCUCUAUCAUCAUGUACAGUCUAAAGAAGUGA